CUUCCUCUCCAGCGGAGGGAGAGAACAGAAACGAGCCUGUGUCAAAGAAGGCCACGUGCUUGUCGAGCCCAGGCAGAGGAGCAGCCAACAUAAUAUUAAAAAAAAAAAAAAGCUGGGUUGAGUCGCGGUUUUAACGGCCUCAUCUCCAGACUGGUUUACUUUCCUCCCUCCACCACCGGCAAACUCUGCCGCUUCUCUCUCUGCCCCCACACCCGGGGAAAGAAGAGGCGGAGGAAGAAGAGGAGGUGGAGAGACAGCCGGGCAGAUCCUGUCUGAUCUCCAUGCCGGCGAUGUGUGGUUUGUUUUUAUUGCCCUCCCCCCCCUUCCAUCAUCUUCCUGCUGCCGGCUAGCCUAAACUAAGCCAAGGCAGGGCGCCUGCGUGUGUGUUUUGUCCUCAGGAUUCUGAUAAUGGAAAAAGUGCCCAUAGAAAUUUCUGGCGAUGGUGGUGGUGCCGGCCUCCCGCCUUCUUUUUUUUCCACCACCAGCGGCAGAUCACUAUUGUGUGGGAGGAGGGCAGCGGCGACGACAGGGACGGACUUGGUCUUUUGGAUUUCUUGCUAAAGGGAGCAGCGCAAACACCCAACGCACCAGACCAGAAGGGAGACAGACACAGGAGGAGCUGCUGCUGCUGCUGCUAUUAGUUGCCGUCGUUGCCUCUGCUUGAUGCAUCAUCACUUCCUUUCCCGACAAAGCCAGAAGACUCGCUUUUAAAGAGGCGCUUCGUUUUUGCUUCCUUCGUCUUCUCCGCCUUCCCACCUUGCAGCCUCCCCGCUGCGGCAGAUGUGUUUGGGGUCACCGCACAGCUGGGACUAUGGUGAAAUUUCCGGCGCUCACUAACUACUGGCCCUUGAUCCGCUUCUUGGUCCCUUUGGGCAUCACCAAUAUAGCCAUCGACUUCGGGGAACAGGCUUUGAACAGAGGUAUUGCAGCUGUUAAGGAAGAUGCUGUAGAAAUGUUAGCCAGCUACGGGUUGGCAUACUCCCUCAUGAAGUUUUUCACAGGUCCAAUGAGUGACUUCAAGAAUGUGGGACUGGUUUUUGUCAACAGUAAGAGAGACAGAACCAAAGCGGUUUUGUGUAUGGUUGUGGCUGGUGCUGUGGCUGCUGUAUUUCACACCUUGAUAGCAUACAGUGAUUUCGGGUACUACAUUAUUAACAAGUUGCAUCAUGUGGAUGAAUCAGUGGGAAGUAAAACACGCAAGGCCUUCCUGUAUCUUGCAGCCUUCCCUUUUAUGGAUGCCAUGGCUUGGACCCAUGCAGGCAUUCUUCUGAAACACAAAUACAGUUUUCUGGUAGGAUGUGCCUCCAUCUCAGAUGUCAUUGCUCAGGUUGUUUUUGUAGCAAUUUUGCUCCACAGUCACUUGGAAUGCAGAGAGCCUCUCCUCAUCCCCAUAUUGUCCUUGUACAUGGGAGCACUGGUCCGAUGUACCACCUUAUGCCUGGGCUAUUACAGAAACAUACACAAUAUUAUUCCUGACAGCAGCGGGCCCGAAAUGGGGGGAGAUGCUACAGUAAGAAAGAUGCUAGGUUUCUGGUGGCCUUUGGCACUAAUUUUGGCCACACAGAGAAUCAGCCGGCCAAUCGUCAACCUCUUUGUAUCCCGAGAUCUGGGUGGCAGUUCAGCAGCCACAGAGGCAGUGGCAAUUCUGACAGCUACAUAUCCAGUGGGACACAUGCCAUAUGGCUGGUUGACAGAGAUUCGAGCUGUUUAUCCUGCUUUUGACAAGAAUAACCCCAGCAAUAAACUGGUGAACACCAGCAGCACCGUCACAGCAACACAUAUCAAGAAGUUCACUUUUGUCUGCAUGGCCCUAUCCUUAACGCUCUGUUUUGUGAUGUUUUGGACUCCUAAUGUGUCUGAGAAGAUUUUAGUUGACAUCAUUGGAGUCGAUUUUGCCUUUGCAGAGCUCUGUGUUAUUCCACUUCGUAUCUUCUCCUUCUUCCCAGUUCCAGUCACCGUAAGAGCACAUUUGACAGGAUGGCUGAUGACAUUAAAAAAGACUUUUGUGUUGGCCCCUAGCUCAGUACUGCGGAUCAUUGUCCUCAUCACCAGUCUGAUUGUGCUGCCUUACUUGGGGGUCCACGGAGCCACCUUAGGAGUAGGAUCACUUCUAGCUGGGUUUGUAGGAGAAUCUACCAUGGUUGCAAUAGCAGCUUGUUACGUCUAUCAGAAACAGAAAAAGAAGAGGAAUGACAAUGAGACAGCAACAGAAGGUGAAGACUCAGCAAUGACUGACAUGCCUCAUACAGAGGAAAUGACAGACAUUGUAGAAAUGAGAGAAGAGACUGAAUAACAAAUGGGAGGUGACUGUUCUCUGGGACAACUGGAAGCAUAUUUCUUCUCUCAUACUUCAUUGUUUAUUUUUAAUAAAAGAGGCCUUGAUUCCAAAGGUUUCAGAUAAUGAAUUCCCUGGCAUACCAAGUAUGCUGGCAUGGAUGAGGGACUGAAAGGAACAGUCUCUCCUUCUCCUGCCUCCCCCUCCCCCAACAGAAAUUAACUCCAUGCAAACUCAAGAGAUGUGGCUGCUACACAUUAGAGGGAAUCUUCCUUCUUUGGAUGGUCAACCAAAGUCAGUUUAUUCAUGGAUUCUGCUGCCGUCCUUUCCACUUCUGUCAGUGCUUCCCACCAACCCACCCUAAUGCACACACUAUUAUUAUUAUUAUUAUUAAUGAAAGUUUAAAAUGCAACAUAUGUGGGAGAAGACACAUUAGCUUUAUUUUACUUGCUUGAAAAUGACUUUGUUCCAUUGACCUGUAUCAUGGUGAAUUCUUCUGUUUUGGUUUUCUCAUUGUUCAGUGUAAACUAUUGUAUACUGCUACAAAACAAGAUUCUGAAGCAGGAGUCAAGAAAAUUAUAGAUAGAAUACAUUCAAUAGACCCUUAUAAAUUCAGGACAAGACUUCUGUUUAGAGUUGAUUAUAUCACCUAUGAAGCAAAAUAGUCUUUCUGUUCUCUAAUUUCUUAGCUGUGAACCAUUACCUGUACUACACUAAACUUAUAAGUGUUUUCUAAACCAAUUAUGGACAUUUAAAUCAGAUGCUUUAUUUAGUGCCCAGUCUAAAAUCCUUUCUUUGAGAGACUUUGGUUUCCAUGCUCAGUGGUGUGCAGGAUACUGUGUUUGAGGUGUGGUGCAAGCCAUUGUUUCCAGGGUUCUUAUCUAAAAGAACGAUGACAAAAAAAAAUACCAGUACUUAAAACCAAAGUUCUAAUCAAGGAUUUUGAAAAUAUAACUGUUAGUACUGUCUCUUCAAAAAUAUACAUACUAACUUAUGCAGAUAAUAUUAUGGUAUAUCCCUUUACUGUAGAUAACGCUGUGCGUGGUUAUUGCUCCAACGUUUUGCUAACACUACAUGGUAUAAAGCCUACAUUGGAGGAAGGUUGUUUAAAAGCAAAUAUCUGGAAAUUAUAUGGAUGGGGUUUCUGGCCAAAGGAAUUAGUGCUUCAACUGACACCCAGUAAUCUGACUGGGCUGGGCAUGUCCACAUGAGCUGUACUUUGAUGACUGAAUACCCUUACGCAUCACUAAUGCCCACAGUCCACAAAUGACAGGAUUUCAGCCUUCAGUGGCCUCCCAGGCACACAUGUGACAGGGAUGACCAUAGGAUCAAUAUAGCUUAUAAAAUUUAUGCAGUCAACUUCCUGCUGUUGAUGUGGAAAUGUGAUGAGGGAGGUAUCUGUUUUCCUUGGAACCUUCCUGCACUUCAAACCAUGUGCGGCAGUGCUAAAUUCGAAACGCCGACACUUUUCCAUGUAGGUGUAGUGCAUAAAGGGAGCUAAGUGGGUCUCUAGGUGCCCAUAUAGGAACUUAUUUUGACCAUGUGACCGGAUGUAAUCUUAAUCCAAGAGGAACUAAAUGUCUUGAAAUCUUCCAUUUCAAGGAUUCUUUAGCCAAAUUAUAUUUUUCUAUAAGGUGUAGAACAGUGAACUGAUUUUAUUUAAUUGUACACAAAGCCAUUUUCUAGAUUUUGGAAACAAAUAGCUUAGAACAGAAGAAAUCUUUAAAAAUAAAAUUGCAAUCCUAUAUCAAUAUAUGUGUAUAUAUACAUAUGAAUGUGUAUAAAUAUAUAUAUUGUACAUUAUGUGUAAUUUAUUUUAGGUUCCAAUAUGUUUCUUAUUUUUCCAAAGCUCAGUAAAAACAUAAUUUCUAAUACAAAACAAAGUUUGCUUGUGUGCUCAAACUUAACUGUUAAGUAGUGUACUGUUUUGGUAAAUGUUACAUAUCUGCAAAAUUGAUACCCAGUUUUGCACACGUGCAAAUGCAAUAAGAUAAUGUGGUAAUCAUUUUCAUAAUUGGCACGAAUUGUGCAAGUCAGUUUAGGAAUAAGGAUCAGCAACUGAAGACCCCAGGACUAAAUCCAGCCCCCUGAGGAGUACCAGCCAGCCCCCAAUUGCCAAACCAAAGGCAAGGGAGUUGGGUGAAGGCAACAAUAGCUGCGGCAAUGGAAUUUGCCAGCAACCUGCUAUGGGAAAUGGAAGGAAACCCUGGCCUACCACUCAUCACCCAUUCUUCAGAAUGUCUUAACUAACAGAGCAAUCCAAAUCAUGGGAAGCCGGCAGGUGGGGGGGCCGGCGAAGGAGGAGCCAGCGGAAAGCUCUGCGGCAUCCAUUCCUAUUCAGGAGCUGCCAGGCCAGCUCAGUCUGGAGACACUUGCGGGUGCUGGAAAAGCAAAAGCCGGCUCCUGCAAAUACUCCUACUGGGGAGUAAUUGGCCCCCAUUGACCACCAUGGAAAUUAUUUUACUCCACCAGCCAAUAGGCCAGCGGAAAUUUUACCUGGGUCGGGACCCACAGGAGUGAUCCAAACGCGAGGAGGAUGACAUGUCCCCCCCUUGGCUCCUCCUCUGCUACACCCCCAGAAAAUCCCAUUUUCAGGCCUUCUGCUGGUUCUCUGACCGCGGGGCUGGCUGUCCCCGGCAGACCCCCAGCUUGAGCCUACAGGGUUCCAGCGGUGCUGCAGCUGAGCUGAGCUGAGGGGCUUCUGCUGGCGGAGCCAGGAGCCUGCUGGCUCAGUCAGAGGUCUGCCACAUCCAACUCCCCCCACCCUGGCACAAAUACUAGUUGGAUUGCACCCGAAGAUGGGUUGCUGAUUAAGGGUUGUUGAUUAAUGACGACAGUGCUGUUCAAAAGCAGGUUCUUCCUGCUUGUUACAAAAAUAUACUGGAUGAAAUCAAUACUGUGUAGUUUAUAUUCUGUGUUCACAUACAUGUGUUCAUGUAUGUAUAGUGUUCCUGUAUAUGUGUGUGUGUGUGUCUGUAAGUACACACAUACAUGCUGGCAAAUGUUACUUAUUUUUCUCCACUAUGACAAUAUUGAUUUCUCUAGCAUGUUGAAUCUCUAAAUUUGCAUCUCUUUUGAACAAAAUGAGAAGCGUAUAUUUCUUGUGACUUUCCCUCUGAUAUCAUUACAAAUGUAUGCUGUAAUAUAUUUAUUUCGGUCUAGAGCGGGACAAAAAUUAAAGAUAUAAUAUUCCA